AUGCCCGCCGGUAGAGAACCCAAAAGAUCCGCCGCACUCUCCCGCUGCCAACCCACUAAAUCUCCGGCACGGCGCUUCGUCGGAGUCCGGCAGCGUCCGUCCGGCCGCUGGGUGGCAGAAAUAAAAGACUCAUCUCAGAGAGUCCGGCUCUGGUUAGGCACUUACGACACCCCAGAGGAAGCCGCCAGAGCCUACGACGAAGCCGCCAUUGCGCUUCGUGGCGAGAAUACAAGGACCAAUUUCGUAUCUCCGGCGAUCGGCCGGUCAUCGGAACAAAAAAUUCCCGACAUCGGCGUAUUGAAAGCGAAACUUAGUAAUAUUACAGCGAGAACGAACGAACAGAGCAAAUCGUUGAAAAACAGAGUAAGCGAUCGGUUCACUUUUGGAAACAUUUUCAAUUUCAGAAGCUACCAACCGGUAACAAUGGCGGAUUUUACCGCCGUUGAUAAGGUGGCUGUGCAGCCGACAAUAAUUGUGCCGCACGUUGAAACCGAUCAGCCCUGUUCGUGGGACGGCAGCUCCGGCGACGGCGAUGGAUUCCAGCGGCUGGGUUUCAGCUCCGAUGCGUCGGAGGGCGGCGGAGAAUGGUGGGUGGAUCAAAUUUUGGGAGAUGAUUAUCGGAAUGAAGAUUUGAAGAGUAAGAGAUUGAGGGUUUCUUCUUCGGUGGUUGUGCCACCAACGUUCAGUGGGUCUCCCAGCUAUGGUGAAUAUUAA